UGUAAUUGGUGAAAAGAAUGUGAUAUGAAUUUUGUUUCAAUUGUGUUUAUUCUGAUUUAUCUAUAAUGUUUGUCAUUGCUUUAGUAAUUUUGAUGAACUCGGUUUCUUGUCUCCACUCUCUCUAUCACUUCUUUUUCUCUGCCUGAGACUAGAUGGCGGUGUCAGAUCAUGUCUUUUACCGAUAGGCUCUAUCGCCUAGUGCCUAGUAUUUUAUAAGUGGACCCGCAGCGCAGCUUUCCUUUGGCAGCUGUCUAAUCUGUGCAGCGGCCGCACAGAGGACUCCCCAGCAGUCUCUCACCUUUCGAGAGCCCUGGGCGGAACCGCGCGACUCUGGACUACUGGGGAGAGUUCACGUUGGACCCCCAACCUUCCGCGCGCGACUCGGCCAAUCCUGAGGGGCUAGUCGAGAGCAUGUCGGGAAAGGGAGUUUCCACUCCGGGAGCCGACUGGUCCGACCGCGGGGCUCUACGCAUGCCUGGCGCUGCAGCUGUUUUCGUCGGCAUCCGCCUUCCCUCUUCACUCAUCAGGCCUCGCGUGGGAGGCCGUCUCGAGGCCGCUCAGUCUACACUUCUGGGAGUGGUGGCCCAACUGUCUUUUUGGAGUUGUGUACUACCAUUCAAGAACAGCACAAAAUGAAUGAGAUUAAACAGAAAUUCCAUGGGUCAGUAUCAUUUAAAGAUGUGACUGUGGGCUUUACCCAGGAUGAGUGGCAGCAGCUAGACCCUUGUCAGAGGUCCCUGUAUAGAGAUGUGAUGCUGGAGAACUACAGCCACCUUGUUUCAGUGGGGUUUUGUGUUACCAAACCCGAAGUGAUCUUCAGGCUGGAGCAAGGAGAGGAGCCAUGGAUACUGGAAGAAGAAUUCCCAAGUCAGAACUUUCCAGAAGUUUGGAAAGCUAAUCACGUGAAAAAGAGAAGCCAAGAAAACCAACCUGAACAUUUAUGGGAAAUCAUAUUUAUCAAUGAAAAAACCUUCAUUAAUAAACAAGGUAAUGUAAUAGGGAAACCAUUUAACUUGGACAUAAAUUAUUUUCCUUCCAGAAAAAUAUCCUGUCAGUGUGACUCAUGUGGAGUGAGUUUGAACAAUAUUUCAGGAUAUAUUACCAGGAAGAAAAACUUAGGAAAAAAUCCUGAUGAAUUUCAUGACUGUGAGAAAUUGCUUCUUGAUGUUAAAAAUGAAAAAACUUCUAUCAGAGAGAACAGAGAGUUUUGUAAAAAUAGGGAAGCCCUUAAUCAUCUUGAAGACUGUGUUCAGCAUGAGAAGAUUAAAACAUUAGAGCAAAAUUUUGAAUUUAACACAUGUCGGGAAACCUUCCUUGAAAAGGCAAUAUUCAAUACACACAGGAAUGAGAAUGCAGAAGUGAAUGACUGUGAAUGUAAUAAAUACAAGAAAACUUUCUGUGAUGAUUCAUUCCUCUUCUUCCAUGAGAUACCUCCCACAAAGGAAAAUCCCUGUGAGUUUAGUGAUUAUGAUAAAUCCUCAUUUGUAAAGUCUACCCUUUUGAAAUAUCAUGGAAUGUAUAUGAAAGAUCAUAAUAAGUACAGUGAGUGUAGAAAUAAUUUUAGGAGGAAUUUACCUCUCUCACAACUUCAGAAAACUCAUAAAGGAGAGAAACACUUUGAAUGUAAUGAAUGUGGGAAAGCUUUCUGGGAAAAGUCACACCUCACUCGACAUCAGAGGGUACACACAGGAGAGAAACGCUUUCACUGUAACGAAUGUGGGAAAACUUUCUGGGAAAAGUCAAACCUCACUAAACAUCAGAGAUCACACACAGGAGAGAAACCUUACAAAUGCAAUGAAUGUGGGAAAGCCUUUAGCCACAAGUCGGCCCUAACAUUACACAAGAGAACACAUACAGGGGAGAAACCUUAUCAAUGUAAUGCAUGUGGGAAAACGUUUUACCAGAAGUCAGAUCUCACUAAACAUCAGAGAACACACACAGGGUUGAAACCCUAUGAAUGUUACGAAUGUGGUAAAUCCUUCUGUAUGAACUCACACCUUACAGUACAUCAGAGAACUCACACAGGUGAGAAACCCUUUGAAUGUCCUGAGUGUGGGAAAUCUUUUUGUCAGAAAUCACAUCUAACACAGCAUCAGAGAACUCAUGUAGGAGAUAAACCUUUUGAGUGUAAUGCAUGUGGAAAAACUUUCUACCACAAGUCAGUACUCACCAGACAUCAGAUAAUUCAUACAGGUUUGAAACCUUAUGAAUGUUAUGAAUGUGGGAAAGCCUUCUGCUUGAAGUCAGACCUCACAGUACAUGAGAGAACUCACACAGGGGAGAAACCCUUUUUAUGUCCUCAAUGUGGAAAGUUCUUUAGCCAUAAGUCAACCCUUUCUCAACAUUAUAGAAUACAUACAGGGGAGAAACCUUAUGAAUGCCAUGAAUGUGGAAAAAUCUUUUACAAUAAAUCAUACCUAACUAAACAUAAUAGAACACAUACAGGAGAGAAACCCUAUGAAUGCAGUGAAUGUGGGAAAACCUUUUGCCAGAAGUCACAACUCACUCAGCAUCAGAGAAUUCACAUGGGAGAGAAACCCUAUGACUGUAAUGAAUGUGGGAAAGCUUUUUGUCAUAAGUCUGCUCUAAUUGUACAUCAAAGAACCCAUACAGAAGAAAAGCCCUAUAAAUGUAAUGAGUGUGGAAAAUCUUUCUGUGUGAAGUCAGGACUUAUUUUACACCAGAGAAAACACACAGGGGAGAAACCCUAUGAGUGUAGUGAAUGUGGGAAAUCCUUCAGUCACAAAUCAUCCCUUACAGUACAUCACAGGGCUCACACAGGAGAGAAAUCUUGUCAAUGUAAUGAAUGUGGGAAGAUCUUUUACCGUAAAUCAGACCUUGCUAAGCAUCAGAGAUCACACACAGGAGAGAAGCCCUAUGAAUGUAGCACAUGUGGAAAAACCUUCUCUCAAAAGUCAAACCUCAUUGUACAUCAGAGAACACACACUGAAGAAAAAAAUCGUAUGAAUAAAACAUACUGCCCUUAUUUAAUUGAAAAGUUUUGGGGGGUAAACCCACAGACUACAACAAAUAUGGACCAGUCUUUGUUAAAUGACAGCCUAUUGAAUGUCAGUAUUGUGAGUGCUGCUGCAGAUGAUCAUCAGCUUUCUCAGUUUCCAGAUGAGAUGGACUGUGGAUUUCAUCUUCUGGUGUCUACAGGGGUUCACUGCCUUCCAGCUUGGAGAGUGCAUCUGGUUUGCAGGCUUGAUACCUCUGUGACACCAAGUUGCUGGAGUUCUCCAGGGUCAUGUUCUAGUAUAGGUCCUUCUGAGCAGGGCUCAGGAGCUGCCACUCCUCCUGGUUGGCGGACGCAAGGCCUUACGGGAAAUGCCGUGUGCGCUUUCUGGCGCGGCCGCCGGGUCCAGCCGGGCUUUCUGCGCACGUGCGCACCACGGCCUGUUCCGCUGGGGGGCGCGGUCCAGCCAGGAGAGCGCGCAGCCCGGCACACGGUGCAGCCGCGGCCUCCCACACUCUGCCCUGCAGCCUCCGGGUAUUCCGGGUUUGCAAUUCCAGAAGGGCCGGCCUGUAUUCAGGUGACCGGAAAGCGGCUCUCUGAGGUCAGGAGGGCAGGGUGGGCGGUCCCUGGAGCCGGAAUUGCUGCUGGGACACCCGGCUGUCGGGAGACCCCAGCGGAGAUGCAGAGCUCAGGUGGAAGGAGCGAAGACUCCUGGGCAGGACCAGCGUCGCCUCAGACGCCGCCACAGGCUGUGAUGGAGGAAAUUAUGGUCACGUCUCAGGAGACAUCCCCUGAUACCACCAUUUUACCGUAUGUUUUUAUGAGUUUGAGUAUUUUGAUACCUCAUCUUUCAGUGUCAUUCAAGGAUGUGUCAGUGGGUUUCACUCAGGAGGAGUGGUGGCACCUGGAACCUGCUCAGAGGACCCUGUACAGGAAUGUUAUGCUGGAGAACUAUAGCCACCUCGUCUCAGUGGGGCAUUGCAUGUUUAAACCUGAAGUUAUCCUCAAAUUGGAGCAAGGAGAGGAACCAUGGAUAUUAGAGGAAGAAUUCCCAGGCCAGAGCCACCUAGAACUCAUCAAUACCAGUCAAAACUAUUCAAGACAGAAGUUUGAUGAACUUAACAAAGGUAGAAAAUGGCUCUAUGAUAAUAUGCAUGAAAUAAUUUAUCCUGAAGGGAAAACUUGUGAAUAUAAUAAAAAUGGGAAAGACUUCUGUCUUAAUGAAGACCUUGCUCAGCAUGAGAGAAAUCAACUUCUGAAGCAGCCUUUUAAAUACAGUAAAUAUGAGAAAACUUUCUGUGAAAAUUCACUGGUCCUCAUACAUGAGAGAACUUACAUGGGACUGAAAACCUGUGAAUAUACUGAGUAUGGAAAAACCUUUAGUAAUAUGUCACCUCUCAUUGCCCAUCAGAGAAUACAUCUAGGAGAGAAUCACUAUGAAUUUAAUAAAUGUGGAGAAAGAUUUUUUGAGGAGCCCAUUCUCUCUGAACAUCAGAGUGUUUUCACUUUCAGUCAGAAGUCACAUCUCAUUCCAGUUCAGAAAACCCAUUCAAUUGACAAUGUAAUAGAACAUAAUGAAUGUGGAAACUUAUUCAGUGAAAAAUUAGUUCUUGCUGCACAAAAUGGGAAAACCUUCAACCAGAAGUCAGCAAAUACAAGACAUCAGCGAACACACACAGAAGAAAAAUCUUAUGAAUGUCAAGAAUGUGAGAAAAUCUUCUACAAGACUUCAGACCUUACUAAACAUCAGAGAAUUCACACUGGGGAGAAACCUUAUGGAUGUAAUGAAUGUGGGAAAUCUUUCAGUGAAAAGUCAACCCUUACUCAGCACUGGAGAACACACACAGGGGAGAAACCAUAUGAAUGCUGUCAAUGUGGUAAAGCCUUCUCAUUUAAAUCAGUUCUCACUGUUCAUCAAAAAAUUCAUACAGGAGAGAAGCCCUAUGAAUGCUAUGAAUGUAGGAAAGCCUUUCUCAGAAAAUCAGACCUCAUUAAACAUCAGAGAACUCACACAGGGGAAAAACCUUAUGAAUGUAGUGAAUGUGGAAAGUCCUUCACUGAGAAAUCAACCCUCACUAAACAUCUAAGAACUCACACAGGUGAGAAGCCCUAUGAAUGUAUUGAAUGUGGGAAAUUUUUCUGCUAUUUCUCAGGUUUUACAGAACAUCUAAGAAGACACACAGGGGAGAAACCUUUUGGAUGUAAUGAAUGUGGGAAAACCUUUCGUCAGAAGUCAGCCCUAAUUGUUCAUCAGAGAACUCACAUAAGACAGAAACCCUAUGAAUGUAAUGAAUGUGAAAAGUCAUUUUGUGUGAAAUCAAAACUCAUUGCACAUCAUAGAACACACACAGGAGAGAAACCUUACAGAUGUCAAGAAUGUGGGAAAUCCUUUAGUGAAAAAUCAACCCUAACUCAACAUUGGAGAACACACACAGGAGAGAAACCAUAUGAAUGCCAUCAGUGUGGGAAAGCCUUCUCUAUUAAGUCAGUCCUUACUGUACAUCAGAAAACACACACAGGGGAUAAGCCAUAUGAGUGCUUUGAAUGUAGAAAAGCCUUCCUCAGAAAAUCAGAUCUCAUUAAACAUCAGAGAACUCACACAGGGGAAAAACCUUAUGAAUGUAAUGAAUGUGGGAAGUCCUUCACUGAGAAAUCAACCCUCACUAAACAUGUAAGAAUUCAUACAGGUGAGAAGCCCUAUGAAUGUAUCGAAUGUGGGAAACUUUUCUGCUACUACUCAGGUUUUACAGAACAUCUAAGAAGACACAAAGGGGAGAAACCUUUUGGAUGUAACGAAUGUGGGAAAACUUUCUGUCAGAAAUCAGCCGUGAUAGUUCAUCAGAGAAUUCAUGUAAGACAGAAACCCUAUGAAUGUUAUGUUUGUGGAAAAUCAUUCUCUGUGAAGUUAAAACUCACUGAACAUCAGAGAACACACUUGGAAAGAAAUCCUAUACAUGUAAUAAAUGAGAGAAAUCACUCUAGGUGAAGUAAAAACAUAAUGGAACAGAGAACCCAAAGGGUAAGAAAAAUCUUGUUAAUGAUCUUGAGAACAUCUUUAGUGUAAAGUCAGUUGUCAUACUACAGAAGAGAACAUACAGAUGGGAAGUAAACAAUAUGAAGACAUGGAAUGUAGGAAAACUUUCUACUGAAAUUUGAAUAAUACAUCAGAAAACUCAUAGUGGAGAAAACCUAUUGAUGAAUGAAUAUAGGGAGUCUUGCCCAAAAUCAGACCUCAUUAAACAGAAAAAUGUGUACAGGGCAGAAACUUAAUCAUCACUAGGGAGAGAAGACUUCACCCACAAACUAAAAUGCACAAACCAUAGGAAAUUAAAGGAAAGCACUUGAUAUGAAGCAUUUACUCACUUUAUUGAGCAUGUGCACUAAGAAGUAGCCUCUUCGUGAACAUCAAAUAGUAGAUAACUAUAGAAAAUACUUCUAACUGUAUUCCAUGUGUGGAAACUUUUAAGUUAAAAAUCUAAAUUUAGGGCACCCCAUUUUCUGGGACCACUCCCUCUUGGGA